AUGGGAGAAGCAUAUGAUCAUGUCGAUUGGGAAAUUAAAGAAGAAACUCAAACCAAGAUGGGCUUCGGUGUCAAGUGGAGAAAUUGGAUGAGAGUUUGUUACUCUCACCCUUAUUUUUCAAUUCUCAUCAAUGGCACCCCCAAUGAUUUGUUGCAUGGCUUCUCUAUGGGACUUGGGGCUCCCCCAGUUUUUCACCUCCAAUACGCAGAUGACACUCUGGUCUUCAGUCAUGCUUCUCCCACGGAAAUCCACAAUCUCUUCCUCUUCCUUAGAUGCUUUGAAUUUGCCACCGGGUUCAUAGAAAAUUACGACAAAACCACUAUGAUGGGGAUCAAUGUUGACCCUUCCACACUCAGUUCCUUUGCUGAUAUGUGGGGUUGUGGUAAGGAAACAUUACCAUCCAAGUAUUUAGGUCUUCCUCUAUGCAUUGGAAAACCUAACAAAAGCCCGUGGUCCCACAUUGUUGACAAAGUAGGCUGCAGAUUAGUUGGAUGGAAAGGAAGGUUUCUAUCCCCAGGUGGCAGGUUGACGCUUAUCAAAGCAACUUUAGCCAACAUUUCAAUAUACCAGAUGUCCAUUUUCCACAUGCCAGCUGCCAUUAGCAAGAGGAUCGAGCAACUUAUGUGGAGGUUCUUGUGGUUAGGCGCUGAUUCUGACCACAAAUUCCACUUGAUAGCUUGGGAUAAACUCUGCCAACCAAAGAAAUGGGGGCGUCUGG